AUGGUGAAUUUUUGGAGUUCAAUAUUUGUCUUACCAAAGUGGUUCUACACUAAAGUUGAUUCGUUGUGCUCUGGUUUCUUAUGGAAUAAUAACACUUCAUCUGCAGCUGGAGCUAGAGUUUCUUGGGUUAACAUUUGUAAACCUAAAUCAGAGGGUGGUCUUGGAAUAAGACAACUGGAGGAAUUUGAGAUGGUCUUCAGAUUAAAAAGGUUGUGGUUGUUCUUCUCUGCAUCGGGAUCACUUUGGGUUCCUUGGCUAAGCAAAAACAGAUUCGGUGGCAGGAGUCUUUGGCUGAUUAACGAUUCACCGAGGUUUUCAAUGACUGUUAGAAGUAUGAUUCAGUUGAAGCAAGAACUUCAGGGCCUUCUCCGCUGCAGCAUUGGGGAUGAGAAAACAAAAUUGUUUUGGUAUGAUUAUUGGACUAAGUUGGGUCCAUUACAUCUUCUCUUUGGUCCCUCUGGGCCUAGGGCUCUAAGGAUUCCUCUAAACGCAACGGUCUCACAAGCUGUUAGCAAUGGCCAUUGGAAUCUACCACCGGCACGGUCAGAUUUCGCAGAAACGUUACAGGUUAUACUCUCUACAAUUAGUGCUCCGUCUGAUACUGAUGGUAGUGAUGUAUACUUGUGGAGAACUCAAGCCGGUGGUUUUGGUGCGUCUUUCUCUUCUCGUGUGACAUGGGAGAGGAUUCACAACCCAAACCCUCUGGUUCAGUGGCAUUCCGUCGUUUGGUUCAAAAAGGAGAUUCCUCGCUGUUCAUUCAUUUCCUUGACUGCUUUCCUUCGCAGACUACCAACUAGAGACCGGUACAUGGCGUAUCCACCUGCAUCCUUGGACGCCGUCGUUGCUCUCUGCCGCCAUCUACAGGGUCCCCAUGUCCAACGUGCGGUUGUUAUGUUGAAGCUUCUCAGCCAAGUCAUCGUUUACAAUCUGUGGUGUGAAAGGAAUGGCCGCAUCUUCAGAGACGUUUCUUUAAACCAAGAAGCCUUCUUCAGGAUGGUAGACCGGGGAAUGCGUGAUAGGCUACUCUCCCCAUCUCUUGUCACUACCUUCUCACCAUCUUUGCUUAAAUUGUAUUUAUGGUUCCUAACCCUUUAUAGUUAA